CACUUUUUCAUGAUAAAGGAUGGGAUUGAACAAGCAAUCGGUGGCUGUCAUAUUGCUCGUGGCUUGUUCAAUUGCCAGGACUGUGCUUCAUUUUCAAACAUUUUCCAAUCUAUCACUGCAGCAGGUUCGUAGCACGGCCUACAGCCCAGAGGUUGACAAACGACAAAUUCGAGAUGACACCAGUUUGUUUCGGUCAGGCCAGCGUUUUCGUCCGAAAAACAGCGGAGAGUCCGCUGCUACAGGAAAAUGCGCCAUCAAUCUGUUCGGGCUACCCAGAGCCUUUCAAUCCUUAGUGUUACCCUCGUUGGUACAGAGUGUGAUUCGUCCCAACGCACUCCACAACUGUGACUAUUUUGUACACUACUACUACUUGACGUAUGAAAAGGAGGGACGGGCCAAUUCCGGAGGCCGCCUUGAUCCGGACGAGAUAUUGCUGCUGAAGCAAGCUGUCCACAAUGUUUCGCCCAACUCGAUCGUCGAGUUUCGCUACGACCAAGAACAGGCCUUUUGGGAUCAAUACCAGCCGCUCAUUGAUAGAAUACGGACCGUCAACGAUACAGAUGGACAUUAUUUGUACUUUCCGUGGCGUGACAAGUCGUAUUUGUAUACACUCACCACUGAUAAUAUUGUCAAAAUGUGGCACAGCAUCCAAUCGGCUUGGGAGCUAAUGACGGAACACGAGACAAUGAAGUCUCGACGAUAUGAUCGUGUGGCCAUGUUGCGGUCGGACGUGGUGUAUAUGACCCCAAUCGACCUUUUCCAAGCCAAUCGGCAGCCUCUCCGAGAUGGCGCCAAAGUAGCUGUCGUUCCUGCCUUUGGGCGGUAUCCUGUCAGUGAUCGCAUGAUUAUUGGACCACGAGACGCUGUGGAAAUAUGGGCCGCACAGCGAUUUGACCGGCUUGAGACCCAUGUGCAAUUUGUGCAUGACAAGCAUCCGGGAUGGGGUAUGCACUCAGAAAGGUUCGUCAAGUGGACAAUCUUUCCAGCUAUUCGAGAAACAAAUACAACUAUUGUCGAAGACGACUUUAUGUGUUUCUUCCGCGCUCGUGCAGAUGACACAGUAAUGAUUAAGGAUUGUGAGGGGAAUAGAUAUCAGAACGCUGCCCCGUCUAUUGUGAAGAAUCUUGGGAAAGACAAGAUCGAAGUGUUGGAGUCUAUUCUGGGGCGGAAGUGUCGAGACAGGACGGUAGCUCUGUCCUCUUCGCUCUUGCAAUGCCCGGCUCAGGAAGCUGGGUGAGGAACACGAAACCGUGAUAUCCCAGAAGUAUGAUGCAUGUCCAUGUUAUAAUCGGAUAUUCAGACAUGACCAUAAUCUACGUGUUUCGAGGCAAUCGAGAACCACUCUGAGCUGGCGCCAAAGUUGCCGUCGUUCCUGCCUUUGGGCGGAAGGCACUCAACGACAGUAUGGCGGCAAUGAAGGCACAGAUCAACGAUCGUCAGAAUGGGCAGGAGGGAGUUGCCACUCCGUCGUUCAUGCAGAAUCUUCGCGAAGACGCCUCCGAACGGCUGAAGACAAUUCAUGGCCGUAAAACUCUCAGUGCAACACCAGACUCAGUGGCUACAAGUUUGCGAUAGCCGAAGCAGGAGAUUUAUGCUUUUAGCUAUUCCAUUGACCGCACUUCUGAGCGCUUUACAGUUAAUGUAAGACCUGCAUGAGUUCACGGAUGACCCGUCCCGCCUUCUGUGAUUCGCAAUCGCGUAAUGUGGAGCAAUGGGGCACGGUAAAUUUUCGUCUCCGGAACUAGAGGUGUAAUUCUUUUCUUUUUACUGCU